GACGUAUCUCUUUCGUCUUCUCUCGGCGCAGCCCUCCUCUCCACACAGCGUUGGUUUAUCUUAGCACAUUGAGGUCUAAACCAACUUUUGACGCUUGUAAAAAAUGAAUUUCGUUGACGAUGAAUCCUCGGAGACCCCGCCUAAAGGAGAAUCAAAGUUGGAGAGCUUCUUGUUCAACUGCGAAUUGUCCUCUAAAGUACCGUUCUACACUUUCCAAGGAGAUGAAGAAGAGGACGUGGAACACUUCCUUGAACUUAGAACAGUCUGCCUAGGCGAGGGAGCCAAGGAGGAGAGCAACGUGGUGGAGGUGACAGCCAUGAACCACCUGGGAAAGACCACCUCGGUGCCCAUAGCCAACCUCCACGUCAAGUGUCUGCCUAUGGUGAGUCUGGGAGAGUUUGAGCUGAAAGCCCCAGUCACCAUACGCCUCAAAGCUGGAACAGGACCGGUUUUUGUCAGCGGCCUGCACCUUAUCGCCUCAGAGGUUGAGUACUCCGAUCAGUCUGGGGAAGAAGACGAGGAAGAAGAGCUGCCUGCUGUCAAACCAGCGAAGAAGAAGAAGAAGAACCAUUAGACAGAAGACCGUCUCUUAGAGAAAUUGUUUUGUAAAAAAAAAAAAAAAAAAAGGACUUAUUUCACACCCUCUUCCACACAGCUACGUGAAAGCACAGUACGGCGGCAGCUAAACACGUAACCAGCCACAGCCAGACCCCCAUAUUUUCACCCCAUUAUCCAUUUCAGUGGAUAAUGCUGUUAUUUGUAUAAGAGGUGUUUUUGAUAUCAAAAUAUACUUUUGUCCCCACUUUUUUUUUUUUUUUUUUUUACUGUAUAUAUUAUUACUCCCUCUGUAAGGAUUUUUUCUGCAUUGUCACUGGUCAAAACGUCUAACGCCAGUGGAGGUUAAUGCUGUUUAAGGUUUAUAACGUUGUAGUUGUCUGUUAAAGGAAAAAAGCUAAUGUUUUAAACUGAAUAAAACAAUCAGAUUUUUAUGCUGUUCAAUAAAUGUUUGUGGACAAGA